AUGAAAACUUCUAGCACAGCUUCCCAGUACACAUCCCAUCCUGAGACUACGGCGUCACCAUCAUCCACUCUAUCAGAGCCAUCUGACCUUAUCACAACCUCCAUACAGUUAUCUACUACAUCCCAAUCAUCCAGUUCAAUUCCUAUCGGCUGCUGUCACCACCUCCACUCCUCAUCUGAGCUCUACUCUGGAGAACACUUCCCCACCUCUGGCCACACCUACACCCACCUCUACUUUGCUGAAAACCUCCAGUGCUAUUGCUGCCCAGUCCACAUCUCUUCCUACGACUAUAGCAUCACCAUCAUCCACUCCAUCAGAGAUGUCUGCUCUUACCACAUCCUCUACACAGCUCUUCUCUACAGCACAACCUGCCCACUCAAUUCCUGCAACAACCACUGCAGUCUCUUCCAGCCCAGCUGGAACAUCCUCUGCUGCUCCUCUGAGGACCACAAGUGCAGAGACAAGAGCCUGGACCACAGCACUUGUGGCAGAGACAUCCUUAUCUACUACCAGGACAAGUCCAACUGCUGCCACCACCUCCACUCCACAUCUGAGCUCUACUCUGGGCAACACGUCCCCAGCUCUGUCCACACCAACACCUGCCUCUACUCUGGUGAAAACCUUCACUGCUUCUGGUACAGCCACAUCAACCACUGA